AUGUCGCAACGUAAAUAUGUGAAUGUGAAAAUCAACAACGUGGAAGUCAAGCUCCAGUUUGAUACAGCGUCCGACAUCACAAUAAUUUCGAAAGCUAAUUUCAAGAAAUUACAACUGGCAAGUAUCGUUCCAAUACAAAAAACUUACGAUAAAUCACUACUUAAAGAUUUUUAUCCAGCACUUUUCGACAAACAACUAGGCAUCUGUAAUAAAACUAAAGCGCAUUUAGUUGUAAAGGCUAAUUGUCAACCUGUUUUCCGUCCAAAGCGAGUCGUCGCUUACGCAAUUCAACACCUGGUUGAAGCAGAAUUACAAAGACUGCAAGAUCUAAACGUAAUUUCUCCAGUUAAUUACUCAAAUUGGGCUGCGCCAAUUGUGGUAAUAAAAAAACCAAAUGGGAGCAUACGCCUAUGCGCUGACUUUUCGACAGGUCUAAACGAUGCUUUGGAAACUUAUCAAUAUCCUCUGCCUCUACCUGAAGACAUUUUCGCUAAACUUAACAAUGCUACUGUUUUCAGUCAUAUCGAUUUAUCUGAGGCAUUUCUCCAAGUAGAAGUUGACGAUUCUUCCAAAGAGCUUUUCACAAUAAACUCCCAUAUGGGUCUAUUCAAAUAUAAUCGCAUGGUAUUCGGCGUUAAGACAUUUCCAGCAAUUUUCCAACAGAUAAUGGACCAAAUGCUGGCAGGUUUCAACAACACGGCGGCAUACAUCGACGAUAUUUUUGUUUCGGGUAAGAACCAAGCAGACCACGGCGCAAAUUUGCGCGAAUACAGCAAUACGGUUUCAAAUUAA